UCAGCUGAGGAGAUCAGAAUAGGCCGUAACUACGGUAAUACUAAUACAGACAUUGAGUACAUAGUAAUCCGUAAAACAAACGAAAAACUAAGCGCAGAAUGACGCAUUCACCCUCGAAUUCCAUUCAUUUCCAUAUUUCUUUCCUGAAUUUCAGUUUCAAUUCUCCCUGAAACCAACACCAAAAACAACCAACCCAAUACAAAAUUCAAACUCCCACCUUCUCCACACUCUCUCUCUCUCUCCUAAAUUAAAAUCAAACUCCCCCAAAAAUCACAAAAUUAACCCACCAAAUACAAAUUCAAACCUAUGAAAAAACACCACCACCGUCAACACCACCACAUCUCCGCCGUAUUCCUCCUCCUCAUCCUCCAUGUCCACCCCUCAACCUCAGAUCCAAGCGACGAAGCCUGUCUAUCCCAACUCUUCGCCUCCUUCCAAGACCCGGCCCAUAAUCUAAAAAACUGGACCCAACCCAACUUCGCCAACCCAUGUAACGGCUUCGACUCUCACCUCCAAGGUGCCACUUGUAACAACGGCCGCAUCUUCCGCCUUUCUCUCUCCUCUCUCUCACUCCAAGGUACCAUCUCUCCUUCUCUCUCUAAAUGCAAUAAUCUCCAAACCCUUGACCUCUCCUCCAACUCUCUCUCCGGCGAGAUCCCUUCCGAGUUAAAAGACCUUUCUAACCUCGCCGUCCUCAAUCUCUCCGGCAACCGUCUCUCCGGUCAGAUCCCUCCCUCUCUCUACCUCUGCGCUUACCUUAAUGUCAUCGACUUACAUCGGAACCAGCUAGUGGGACCCAUUCCUCAGCAACUAGGUCUCCUCGUACGACUCAACACUUUCGAUGUGUCGUAUAAUAAGUUGUCCGGGGUGAUUCCGCCGUCGAUUGGGAAUCGGAGUGGGACGUUGCCGAGGUUUAAUGCGACGUCGUUUCAAGGGAAUAAGGAUUUGUACGGAUAUCCCUUAGAACCGUACAAAAAUAGAGGGUUGUCUGUGAUGGCGAUAGUUGGAAUUGGGCUUGGAAGUGGGCUUUUGAGCUUGAUUGUUAGUUUUACAGUUGUUUGUAUUUGGUUAAAGGUUUCUGAACAGAAGAUGGCUGCUGCUGAAGAAGGCAAGAUUAGCCACCAUAUGCCUGAUUAUUGAUUUUUUUUUUUCUUUUUUUAAAUUUUAUUUGCUGGGAAAUUGUUUGUUAGUAUAAGAAAAAUAUAGGUUGUUUAGUUGACAUUUUUCCAGUUUGUAUGAAUUUGAUCUUAGUCGCUACUGAUCUUCAUUUUCAGAGGGAGGGGAAUUGAAUUAUGGUUUUGUUAAUUGAUUUGACUUUUUUUUUUUUUUUUUUUUUUGGGUGGUUUUAAAGGAUUUUUUUUUAAGUUCGGAAAUCGACAAUGUACAAAGAAAAGAAUUCAACAUGUGAGAGAUUCAUAAAUUAGUACAGUACCAGUAUAUACCAGUUUAUGUUGAAUGCAUCCAAUUAUUAUUACUCGUUUAUUUUUUGAA